AUGCAAAGGCAUGAACCUUUUGGUCUGGCUCGAAUGGGUGAACCCGAAAAAGAAGAGAUUACCUACAGAGCCCCAACAAAUGAGGUGCGCCUCAUUUCUUUCCAAUUCUCAGGCCACCAGAUUGCCUUUUUUGUGCCCCCUACGGGGGACAGAACACCACAUGUGCUGCCAAAGCCAUUGUCCUGGUCGCAAGCAAUAGAAAGUUAUCUUGGCAUGAACUGGUCACCACCCUACCCAGCCCUGGUCGGAUGGACCGAGGAUGCAAAUGCAAUAAGUGCGAUCAUGUCGCGUGCCUGGAAUCCCAUGGGCGAAUGCUGGGAAGCUAAUGAGAACUAUCCAACUCCCGAUCCAAUCACAGGCGCACCGCGCAACCCCGCUGGCCGCACUGGAACCCAGGGUAGAGGUCAUUUGCCGCUAUGGGGCGCCAAUCCGGCAGUCAUUCUUGUAAUCACAACUUGGUCUCGCAGACCGGAUGGUCAAAUUGUGGAGCAAAAUGGCUGCAAAUUGCUUGAAUGCGUAAUGCAAUCUACGGGGAACAGUCCGCGCCAAUUGCCUUGGGUACAGAACACACAAAACUUCACUCAUCUCAAACCUUUCGUUAUUAGAUUAUGA